UGCCGCGCAGCAACCUCACUCAUUCACUCAGAUUCAUUCUGUACGGGCCGAAACCCCCACCCCACCCCCACCACCAGUGAUUCGCACCAGGAUGGAGCCCCAGCGUGGGUCCGAUUCUGCCGCUGCGUCUGCCGGCUGGCGCGGUGGCGGAGGACCAUUGGCAGGAGGAGGAGCGGCCGUCAAUAUGAAUGCAGCCAUUCUCGCUCGCCAGCGGCAACGGCAGGCACUGCGUCAGAGUCAGUUGCAGGCACAAUCGCAGCCGCAGCCACAGCCACAGCCACAGCCACGGCCACUGCCGCCACCUCAACCGCUGCAGACGGCAAGACCCAGCGACAACGGGCUCGUCGUCAUCGACCAGCAGCCACUGCGCACUGCGACUGCGAUGGCGCUGCACGAGACGCCUCAGACACAAGCACACGCGACCCGUGUGGUCACUACUGCGGGAGUGCCACUCGUGGGACAGCGAGCGAGAGGAGUCGCUCCACACCUGCACCUCCACGCUGCUUCCGCGCCUGACCGAGCGCAACGAGGACGACGAGGACGACGACGCGAGACGACUCCUACUACUGUUGCUGCUACCUCUGGCGCCGAAGCAGAGACAGACAGCCCGCGCGGCGUCUGGCGGUGGGCCAAGAGCAAGGUCAAGCAGGUCUGGCUGGGCUGCAUCUGUGUGCGCUGGAACGAUCCCGCACUCUCACGCUGGCAGGUGGUCAUCACGGUCGGACUGCCGUGGCUCAAGCGCCUAUUCAUCCUGUUCCUGAUUGUAUUCACCUUGGCAUUGUGCGCCAACGUGUUUGCCGAGCCUGGCCAAGACGAAUCAUGGCUGUACUGGCAACCAUUCCGCGGUGCACUCGUGUUUUGCGCCGUCAUUAUUGGGCUGGUGCAGCUGCUGGCCAUUGGCCUGAUUGUCUGGCUCAACUACCAACAAGCGAACGCUGGUGGCGUCGGCGUGGUUGUCUCGUCGAGCGUCUCGGCUGCACAAGGCGGUGUCAUUCUCCCGAACGACUCUCGCAGCACCGCGCUGCUCAGCGCUCGUCCACGGCGAAGACGCGGCUGCUUUGAAUGGUCGCUCGUUCGGAAGAAUCUCGAGUCCAUUUUCAUCUUUCUCUUCUUUGAAUGGACCGUCAUCAACGUGACGACACUGUUCGUGUCUGUCUCGGCACUCGGUCUGCCUUGGUUUUCUAAUUUUGCGACAGGCUUUGCCGUCACAUUUUGCAGCUGCUUGAUCCAGUACUUUAUCUUUGUGCGGCAGUACCUCAAGCGCAAGCCCGUCCUGCAGUGGUCGCGGCGCGAUUCGUUCAUUGUCAUCAUGCCAGUCACGGGCUUCUUGCUCGGUGCGGGGUUUCUCUACAUUGUCUCGAUUGGCAACGCACCUGCCAAACAGACAAUGUCCAACUGGCUCGCCGUCACCGUUGUUCUCGGCCUCUUCUCGCUGACGGUACCACCGCUCGCUCUUGACCAGUGCAUCGUCAAACGGUACCAGCGGCGCGCCGCCAAACGCGCCAGGGUUCAGCUCCAAGCCUCCACGGCCCACCGCCUCCUCGCCAGCUCUGGCAGCGACAACAACUCUGGUGCAAGCAGCAGCAACAACAACAACAUCAACUAUAACAAUAACAACCACAACAACACUGUCUCUAUGCUUGCUUCGCACAACGUUUUCGGGACAUGGGCUGCCUCCUCAGCCGUCACAUCCCGCAAAGCCCUUGCGCUCUCCAUUGGCCCCGCGGACACGCUUGUCGAACAGAACAUUCGCAAGCGCUGUCGCGAGCUCGAAGUCGAGCGCGAUCAGCUCCAGUCGCUCAUGCUCGUUGGCAUGGAUUUGGAGGACUUGCAGUGUCUUGAGGGCUGCACUGGGUUGCGGCGACUGUACUUGUCCAACAAUCGCAUCAGCUCACUGCAGGGAAUUGACCGGAUUUGCCCAGGUAUCGAGUGUCUGCACGUGGACAACAAUGCGUUGUCGUCGGCGCUCGAUUUGAUGCCCCUUCGGUCGCUUCCACGUCUCUCGCGUCUUGCAGUGGAGGGCAAUCUGCUCUGCACCGCGCCCGGGUUUGAGCUGGCGAUGCUGGUGUGUUUGCUUCCGCAAGCUUCGCUGAUCAACGGCCUGACAGUCACUCCCGAAGCGCGUGGGCGCGCAGCGGCUCGGCAUGCUGGCUGGCUGCAGGACUUGCGGCUGGCCUACCAAGCGCGGCAGACGACAGAAGCACUUCGAACAGCAGCCGGAGGCCAGCUCCUCGCGUGGCACAGGCUUCGUCUCCAUUUCGGCGCGUUUUCGGCGCCGUCGCAGCUACGCAAUCGCGAUUUGGUUGCCGGUGGUCUGGCGCUCAGUGAUCGCGGUGCCGAGCUGACGACUCGGCUGCUGCUGCUCGCGGACGAGUAUUCUCGGCAGCGCGCCGUUCCUCCGCCGGUUGCGGUCGCUGCGCAUCGGCGCGCGGUGGCAGCCAACCCCACCAUGCGUCGCAUUGCCGCUGUUGCCGCUCUGCCCUUCAGUUUGCCAUCGUUGCAGCUGCAGCCGAGUCAUGCGCCGCAGAAUGCCUUGUCGCGGCAAGCAAGGGCGUCAGAAAAGCUCGUAUUCUUUGCAUCCACCGCGCUUCCAGUUGACCCCAGUGUGGCUUCACUGCAUCCAGAACUUGUUGGCUAUGCUCCAACGAACGACGCACUGCCUCCUCCACACGCUCGCCUCUUCCCGGACUUGCCCAUCACGCUUCGCAAGGUGGUGGUUGUGCCCGAUUUCUCCACUGAGCGUCCUCACAAGGCAGACCAGAUGUCGACCACCAGCGAUCUGCACUUGUCAUCAGAGUUCCCGUUGACAGUGCUCGUGAAUCACGACCCUGAGCUGGGCUACAAGCCCGCUCACCUUCCCGCAGUGGUUGAGCUUGAACGAGAGCCUCUCGCUGCCACUGCUUGGAAUGCGUCCGCUUCUCUCUCACCUCGACCACAACCAGCCCACCUCGAGGACAUUGAGGAAUCGUCAUGUUAGCUUUAACGUUAGUUUGUAUUUUUGUUGUUGUACUUGUUGUUGUGCGUUGUCUGAAUUCUCGUUCUUGUUGUUCGCCUUUUGUUGUUUAUUUAUUGUUAAUCGAG